AUGCUUCUCUCCACUUCCCGCACCGCCGUCCGCGCCGUCGCCGCCGCCCCGUCGGCCGCCCGUGCCUUCUCGUCGACCCCGGCACCGCAGGCCACCCUGCGUGAGCUCGAGUCGCGCAUCAAGUCGGUCGGCAACAUUGGCAAGAUCACCAAGUCGAUGAAGAUGGUUGCCGCUUCCCGUCUCGCCCGUGCCCAGCGCUCCAUGACCGACGCCAAGGCCUACGGCAAGGCCAACGACGCCGUCUUCGAGCAGUCGGAGGCGUCCAAGUCCGAGGCUAAGGUCGAGAAGAUCCUCUACAUCGUCGCCUCGUCCGACCGUGGUCUCUGCGGCGGUAUCCACUCGUCCGUCGCUAAGGCUGCGAGGAAGGACAUCGAGAAGGGCGAGGGUGCCGGAAAGGAGAUCCGCGUCGUCGCGCUCGGCGAGAAGCCCAAGCAGCAGAUGGCUCGUGGUGAGGGCGCCAAGGCCCUCGAGCUCUCGUUCUCGCAGAUCGGCAAGUCCGUCCCCACCUUCAACGACGCUCUCGCCAUCGCCGACAAGAUCGAGGCGGAGAAGUUCGACUUUGACAAGGUCAAGAUCAUCUACAACAAGUUCUUGUCCGUCAUCUCGUACGAGGCCUCGGCUCUCGAGAUCUACUCGACGAAGGCGCUCCAGGGCUCGCCCGCGUUCGCCGCGUACGAGGUCGACUCUGACGAGCUCGCCGGCGACCUUUCGUCGUUCGCGCUCGCCAACGCCAUCUACGCCGGUCUCGUCGAGGGCUACGCCGCCGAGAUCUCGGCUCGCCGCAACGCCAUGGAGAACGCUUCGAAGAACGCCGACGAGAUGACCGGCAAGCUGCAGAUGCAGUUCAACCGCAUGCGUCAGGCCGCCAUCACGAACGAGUUGGUCGACAUCAUCACCGGUGCCAGUGCGCUCUAA